AUUGAAUGAAGAUUUAAGCGCCUAACAUGGUAGUGGUCCAAGGUCGCUCUGGAUGAUUGCAAAUAUUUCUAAAUACGAUGGGGAUAAGGAGACUCCUCCGAAUCCGGAAGAUCUGCGGUCUCUACCUGACUUUGCUGCACUUUGUUCUUUCCUGACGUUUUUUGGCUCUGAUCUCGGUAUUCACCUUACGUUCCCACAGUUACAUGAUUUCCUCGCUCUUCAAAAUUCAGCAAAAACAAAAAUAUGGGAGACUCUUCACGUCAAAUUGCUCAAUAAGUUAAAAUACCGCGCUCGUCCUGAUCGUUGGGAACCAGUUUUGGGUCGUUUCUUGCUUAGUCAUGGUCUUCAUAUUGAUGGAAUUCAAACAGCUGCUGAGCUUCUCUUAAACAGUGAAUGUGGAAAUAAUGAAAAACUGGAUGUAUUCAUUCAAGAGUCAUCUGGAUAUGUUUCUAGUUACUACAGGCUCUCUCCUAACGUUCGUGUCAAAACUCUCCUCUGUCUUUUGGAAACUCAGUUUGAUCGGAAUCAGCCUUUCAAAGAUAAGGCAAAUCUACGCUCUCCUGUCGAUAUACGAUUUCCUCCCUUGGGGAUUGAUGUUUGGGGUAGAAGCUAUUGGCUUCUGAAGGAUUCAGAUAUAAAUAUUUACUUAUACAGGGAAGAUCAUCAGGAAAACAAUUUCCAGUUGUUGUGUGAAUCUUUUGACGACGUUCGUGGUCUCAUCGAGGAAUUGAAAAAAGCCUUUUCGGAAGAUGAAAAGCUGGAAAGUAUUUUUAAGAAAAAGCAGGCUUCAGACAGAUCAAAUCUGAAAUAUCAUUGGACAAACUUGAUACAGGAUGAUGUAGCCUCUCCAGAACUGGAAAUUUCAAAAAAUGACGAGGAUUCUGUCGUUUCACCGCUACCGCAGCCAAAUGAUUGCUUAAAACCCGCAAUUACACCACCAUCAACUCCGACUUGUGAUCAGAAACCAAAUAUUCAUUCGGUCGACAUGUUAUUAGCAAUUUCAAAGAUUGAGCAUUCAGUCAAAACCGAAAGUCAAGAAAAUGAUGGGUUAAGUGAAGAAUUGGUUUCUAGUGACAGAGGAAAAUCAGAUGAUCAAAAUCAUAAUGUUAUUCACGAAUAUGAAGUGGAAAAAAAAUGUCUUGAUGCAAACAUAGAAUAUCACAUCAAGCAAGAAUGUACCGCUGAACAAAUCCUAAGACCAGAAGAUUAUGGCAAUGAACAUACAAACCAAGAUUCCGAGUCGUCAGCUGUGGAACCGUGUACUACUGUUUUAUCAAAGAAGUCUAGGAAAAAUAGCUCCAUCAAGAGCUCAGAAAUUCUUGCUAACGAACAGGAUUUACGACGCAGUAGUAGGCAACGUAAGCCUGUUCAGGUAUUUAAUAUCCAACCAUCUCAGACUAAACGUCCAAAAUUAUCAACCCCUGUUUCAAAUUCAUUACACAAGGUCAAUAACGAAGACGAAAAAACUAAAAAGCAGAAAAUACCUGUCGUAAAAAUACAUCUCACUGCAAAUGGCCAUGUGGUGAACAAAAAUCAAAAGCGAAAAAAGAAACGUCAUCGUAAAAAACCUCGAAAGGGUUCAAAUCCUUGGAUUUAUGGAACAUCUUCUAGUGACUCAGAUGGUGAAGAUGAUUCAUUUGAAAAUGCGCUUAUGCAACACUUAAAUGUAGAUAGCGAUGAAUCAAAUCUUCAUUCACCGAAAAAACAAGGCAAAAACAUAAAUCCUGAGUGGUCAGAUGCGCCUGAAAGUGAUUUCGACCCAAAUGGUUUGGAUAUUCAAAGUGAUGCUGAUAGUGUAACCGAUGGACGGAACUUGGCCAGGCAAAAACGUUUACAAAAGAAGUUUGAAUUAGAUCCAAAUACUAAUUGCAAUGCAGACGAAAAGGAAGAACCGUGUCAGGUUUGCUUUAAGUCACAUUUACCCGAUUGGAUGUUGUUAUGCGACCGAUGCGAUUUGGGACAUCAUGCUAUGUGUCUCUCACCCCCUUUACAUAUUAUUCCAGAAGGUGAUUGGUUUUGUCCUCGUUGUCAACACGCUACUCUGAUAUCAGCUUUAAACGAAACUAUUACUGUUCUUGAGGCUGAAUCGAAGAAGCGAAAUAUUUGGAAGCGUAUGCAAGAGCGCUUGAAUUUUGUUAAUAUCAGUAUGACGAACAUUUUAGGAGAUGAUGAUAGUGAUUUUCAUGAGCGUAAAAACAAGAAAGGAAAAGUACUGCGUAAUACUCAAAAGAACAAUGUCAAAUAUGCUUGUGAUGACUCGUAUAGUGAUGAAGAAAAUGAAGAUAUUGCUUCUGUAUCCCAUUCGGAUUCUAAAAAUACUAACUCCAACACUGACUCUGGUGUUGACGGCAGGUCUCAAGGAAAUCCAACUAGGCGUCGUCGUCAAGUUCGGCCAAAAUCGAAGACUCAGUUUUCCAGACCACGCCGUGUAAACUUCCGAGAAGAAACGUCUGAAGAAUCAGAGUCAAUCGAGUCUGACUAUGAACCACUUCCUUGUAGAAAUACUCGCCAACGCCAAGUUAGGUAUAAAGUGAGCGAAGCAUUCAAAGAGCUAGAUGAAGCACUAGAAGCUGACGAAAAAUAUCAAGAAGAAAAGCAGCGCAAACUAAAACGAAAGACUAGUGAACACUAUAACAACACUGAUGGUGAAAAUGUUAUCGACGAAGAAUGUGAGCUUAACGGUCAUACACCUAAGUGUUCACGUGGAAAAGACCUAUCGAAUAUCUUGGGGCCGGAUUGGAAAGAAUUCGAAGAAGAUAGCAGUAUGCGAUCUCGUCGUAAAAAGCGUCGCAUUGCUGAUCUGUCUUCUAGUUCUUCUUGCGAAUAUUCGAAUGAAAAUUCAGUAGAUAGUAAAACAAGACGGAGUUGUCGAACGAAGGAUGAAGAUUUUAAACCAUCAUCUUCUGAAGUGUCAGAAAGUGAAGAUGAUAUCGACUCUCGGAAGCAUAUUUCAAGUGAUGAUUUUGAACAAUUGUCAAGUGAUAAUAGUUGGCUUUCAACUGCACGACACAAAUCUCGUUCGUCACGUGGAAAUACUCGAAAAAAGAAAAGAUCAUCCAACUAUUCUUACCGGUCUCGAAAACCCGUCCCUUGUUUUGAAGACAGUGAUGAAGGAUCUGAUCGUGCAGUAUUACGGACUAGAAGACAGAAGCUCGCCUAUGGUGGAAAUUCGGCUCUAUCUAAACGUUCUGGAGUAACUGCCUGGUUGAAAACUGUAUGUUACCACCGAAUACGAGUACUGAAGCAGUUUUUCUGAAACCACGUGCACCAUUCAAACUGGCUGCCUUCAACGUUCGCACACUUAUGCAGGUCGGACAACAGAUAGGGCUGGCUAUGUCUUUGAAAAGUCUUGAUAUUGACGUGUGUUGUCUAUCCGAGACCCGUAUCCAAGACUCUGGUGAAGUACUACAAGUUCGCUCUCCAUCUGUCACUUCAAAAAGCUUGUUUUAUGUGCGUUUAUCCGGGGACCCUGUGGCAUCUUCGUCUGGUUUUGCUGGCAUUGGUGUCGCACUAAGCGCAAGAGCUGAGGCAGCACUAAUCGACUGGAUCCCCAUUAACAGUCGGUUAUGUGCUGUUAGAUUAGAAAGUUCCAUCAAAGUGAGAAGAAAUCGGCGUGAGGAACGAUGUCUUUUCGUCAUCUCCGCCUGUGUUCCGACAGAUUGCAGCCCGGAUGCAAUCAAGGAUGAAUUCUACCACCAGCUAACUGUUCUUCUCCAGAAAGUGCGUUCGCCAGAUAUUGUAGUAUAAGCCGGAGACUUGAAUGCUCAGGUCGGGCGUCUAGGCACAGAAGAGAGUCGUUUAGGUGGCCGAUGGGGACUCGUUGGUCCCAGAACAGAUAACGAGGAACGUCUACUGCAGCUAUUCACAGACCACAACCUGUUUCUGGCUAGCACUAACUUUCGGCACAGUCAUCGCCGAUGUGCCACCUGGCGUCCUCCUUCUGCAUCUCAAGCCUGGACUCAGAUUGAUCACAUCGCGAUCAGCUACCGCUGGCGCGGUUGUGUACAAGACUGCCGCUCCUUUUGUAGUACCUAUCUGGAAUCUGAUCAUGCCCUGGUCUGCGCCAAAGGAUUGAUGUUAGCAAGCUGGCUGCAACUUCUGUUGCUAGUAAGUACCGAACCGAGCUAGCUUCUAGGCUAGCUACCAUUCCACCGAAAAGUAUAGAUGAGCAUUGGUUGCAAUUGCAUGACGCCAUGAAAAUGGCGGGUACAGUCUGUUGUGGGUUUGCGAAACGUCCCGCUUACAAGCACUGGGUUUCUUCUGGUUCCUUACAACUGAUUGAAGCCCGUCGGUCUACUCCGGGUGACCGUGAGUUUGACCACAGACGAAGGAUGUUACGUAAUGAAAUUGGGCAAAGCUUGCGUAAGGACCGAGAAGCCUGGUGGUCGGAGCGUGCUAACGAGCUGGAAGCAGCAGCUGCAUCUGGUAAUUACCGGAAGCUCUUCCAACUCAUCCGAGCCACUGUCAGCAAGAAGUCUGGUGUGAGCGAAACAAUCUGCGAGGAUGACGGAACGGCAAUCAUUAACAUUCAUAGAGGUCAUGGGCGAUGGGCAGAAUUUUUCGAAGGGCAGUUCAACUGGCCUGCUGCUCUGGCAACAUCGGUCAAACCUUUAGUAUGCGGAUGAUAUUGUCUUACUGUGCGAGAAUGCCCAAGCCAUGCAAUCCGCACUUAAUCAGUUGGCAAUCAAUGUCCGUAGGUAUGGUAUGUGCUUUGCACCUUCGAAGUGCAAAGUUCUUCUACAAGACUGGUAGGAUCCUAAUCUUGUACUCACUCUGGAUGGUGAGCAGAUUGAAGUAGUCGAGAAGUUCGUGUAUCUAGGUAGCUGCAUAAGUGCUGGUGGUGGCGUGAGUGAUGAGAUCAAUGCACGUAUAGUGAAAGCCAGAGCGGCUUAUGCCAAUCUGGGCCAUCUUUGGCGCCUUCGUGAUGUUAGUCUGGCUGUAAAAGGUCGGAUCUACAACGCGACGGUGAGAGCAGUUUUGCUCUAUGCUUGUGAAACCUGUCCUCUCCGAGUUGAGGAUGUUAGACGACUCUCUGUGUUCGAUCAUCGCUGUCGCCGAAGGAUUGCUAACAUCCAGUGGCAACACCAUGUUAGUAAUGCAAAGGUUCGGCAUCGUGUGUUCGGGCACAGAGACGAUAAUGCAAUUGGUGUCACCAUCUUGAAACACCGACUUCGGUGGCUUGGACAUGUUCUACGAAUGUUGUUCCAGAGAAUUCCUCGUCGUGCAUUAUUUGCCGACUCUGGGACUGGUUGUGAAAAGCGGAGAGGUGGUCAGUAUAUGACAUGGUGUCGUGGUAUGAAAGAAAGCUGCAAAGGGCUAGCUUCUGUUGGUCCUUCACGACUCCCUGGUUGGGGUCCGAGAGACGGUGCAACACAUUGGCUAGAGACGUUAUCAGAUAUGGCUCAGAAUAGAAGCCAAUGGCGAUCCUGCUGUAACCUUUUACUUACUUCAUAAAAAGUGGUUGCUUCUUACUUAACUGUGUACCCGAACUGUUGUUAGUUACCGUGAAUCAAACGAUGAAACAACAGAUAAUUCUGAACACAAUUUUUCGGAAAUUCCUGUUACAAGUAAAUGUAAAAUUCGUAGAGUGUUAGAUGAUGAAGAGGAAGAAAAAGAAGAGGAUGUUGAAACCAAUAAAACCAAUGCUGACCGGUCUCCUACUCCAAUAUCUGCCAGUCUAAAAAUAAAACGUUCCCAGUCUAAUCGCACAGUUUUAAAGUAUUCUUCUGAUAGUGAUUAUCAACCGUGUGAAGAUGAUGAUGAUGAUGAUCAAGAGGAGAACAGUCAAGAUGAUAGUGAUUCUCUAACGACGAACAGAAAAAUUCCACCAACAAAUAUCUCUAUAAAAUCAAAAGGUAUUAUUAAAUCACAAUCAGAUGAAUCAAAUCACCAACAUUCAACUUCAGAAUUAAUCAUCUCCGAAACAAGUGAUAUCGAUAAUUCACUUUUCAAAGAUAAUGUGAAAUCGGUUUCUGUCGAAUCAGGUGGCUGUAAAGUUGAACCAACAGACAAUAUUAUGGUAAACUCAUUUGAUACAUCUAAAAAUCAUUUAAAUGGAAAUAAUUAUGAAAAUGAUGAAGAAGUAGAAGAUGAGGCUGAUGAAUGUCUACCAGUUCGUAAUUUAUCGCAUAUUUCUCCUCAAUUUGACAAGCAAAUUAUUGAAAAUAAACCUUGUGUUUCUCCGGAUAUUUUUUAAAGUUUACAUUUAUUUAUAAUUAUGUUCUUUGUUGUAUGUUUAUGAAUAAUGUUAAUUUUGUAUAUUUUCCAUUUUGAUUGACAUUCAGGGAGAUUUUUGUAGUGGUCAGUAGUUUUAAAAGUUGCCAAGUAAUCAAUAACUAAAGUUCAAUGUAAAAUUUUUACCUGUCCUACAAUAAUCUAUACUCCUUAUUAUCUUAUUGUACAUAGUUGAAUCCUGUCGAUUUAUUUAUGUGUUGUUCAUUCGUUUAUUUUUAAUGUUUAGUUGCCUUUUCGGCAGUAUGAUAAUUUUUCAUAAUAAUGAAAAGCAUUUAACUACGUUUAAACACCAUCAAUGGAUACAAAAAAAUUUUUUAUAAUGAGUAAAUGGUUUGAUUUUUCUUUUUGUGAGAUUGUUAUAUAACUGCUUUUUUUUCCUUUUCGUAAAAUUUCACAAAAGAUUUCCCAUAUUACUU